AUUAAAAGUAAUGGAUAAUAUAAAUAAAGAAUGAAAGUAAUGAAUUAUAUAGAUAAUUAAAAAGACAAGUGAAAAAAAGUGAAAAUCUCUUAAUAAUUUGCACAAUUUUCUAUAUAAUAAAUGACAAAGAAAAAAAUUAGGCACAUUAUCAUUUGUGUUUUUUCAUAUAAUAAAGCGAUUUAAAAAAGAAAAGGUGGAAGAAAGAGAACUUAACAAUGUAUUAAAUACACCCAUAAAAUGAGAUGAAAUAAUAAGUUACUAUUCUAAAAUAGAGAUUAUUGCAUAAAUAAAAAAAUAAUGGGAGCGAUUAACAAAGGAUAAAAAGACGUGUCAUUUCCUACAAUAUUAUAGAAAAGAAAAAAAAUUUCAGAAAAUCGAACAGAAAAUGAACCUUUAGAAGGUCAAAACAUACUUUGCAAAUUUAUUUUUUCUUUCUCUCCAUUGCAUAACGUCAUGUGAGAUAUUUUCGAUUGUUUUACAUGAUAGAGUAAAAAAUAGUGACAAAAAAAUGAAGUAAAAGUUUUUAUAUACAAAAAAACACACACACAUCAGAUAUGCAUUAAUUUUGAUGAGCGUUGGAAAAAUUUGAAAAAAAAAGAACAUAUUGGUAAAAUUUAUAAUUACCCCAUAUUUAAUAUGAAUUAGAUUUGUUAAUUGUAUAUUUUUUGUAUCGGGAAAAAAAGUUUAAAAAAAAAACAAGAAGAAAUAUUGGUUUAGUAAAGAAUCAUUGAAUGAAAUAAAACUGAUAAAGAUUCAUUAAGAUGAAGAAAAAAAAAAGAAGAAAAACUAAAUAGUAAACAAGAGCCGUUGGAAUGGAGAUGAAGAAAAACUAGCUACUCUAGAAUAAACAACACAUAUUAAAAGAUGAAUAUAUUCUAAAGAUAUAAAAAAUAGAAAGCAUUUAUGGUUACCAAGAAAAAAACAAAUACGGUAGUUAUAUUUUCAUGAGAGAUGAAACAUUAAACUGAAAGUAAAAAAAAGGUGAAAUAUACAAAUUGAUAAUUUAAAAUUGCACACAAUUUCUAAAAAUAAACUCGUAUACUCGAUGAAAGAAAACAACAAACCAUUGCAAACGGUUCAGUUAGAGAAUCUCUUCAGCCAUCCUUAUUAUUAAAAAAGAAAAAGAAGAAAACCCAUUUAUUGAAAAGACGUAAAAAGAGUCACAGUGAAUGGAAGAAACAAAACAGAAAAAAACACACCAUAGAAAUGAAAAUUGAUAAUUAUUUGUUAUAAUCUCUAUUCGACGUUAGAUCACAAAGUGGAAAAAAACGUGAGAAGAAGAAGAAAAAAUUAUAUGUAAAACUAUAUUGAAAAGAGGUAAAGAAAAAAAAUCAAUUAUUUCAUAUUUAAACUCUAUUUAAACGACACAUGAUAUUAUUGUACUUAUCUGAUUAUAAAUUAUGAUUAUUGUUACUGUUGAACAAGAAUGAAAAAAAUGAAAUACAAUUUAUGUUUAUGAAGAUGAAAAAAAACAAUGAUAUAAAAAUAUAAAAAAUUUUAAAUGGAAAAAUGAAUAACUUUUCUAUUUGAAGUGACAAAAAAAGUACUUUAAAAAUGAAGAGAAAGAGUUAAAAAAAAAUCAGAUGAAAAAUAUGAGAGAAGAAAUAUUGGAAAUAUACGAGAAAUAGCGCAAAAUAAAACCAAAAUAAUUUUGUUAUACAAAUAAAGAAUGAGAAAAAAUACAAAAAAUACCACUUUUAUCUCUUCUCUGUCCCAAAAUUCCCCAAAAUCCGACGCAUUACCAAUUCUGACCUAAAGAGUAAGUUACUUUUUGAAAUGUGCACGAUUUUUAGCAGUGUUUAACGAACAUAUUUCAAACUGUUCCGUAUAACGACGCAUGCCAAUCCACCAGAACCCAUCCAAAGUGGGUUUAUCUCUUUGUCUCACUCUCGCCAAUACAUCUGCACAAUGCCUAAAGUCAGAAUAAACCUCUCUUGUGGUAUGUUUGAUGCAGAGAGACGACACAAGUUGGAGAGAGCAUUAAUUCGGUCUCUCGUCGAAAUUGGUGGUUUUUAGCAUAAAAAUAUUUGGAAUAUAUCAAGUGCGGUGCAGAAAUUCGCGUCUUGGACAGCGUCCAACAAUCCCAGAGUGGAAUUUCUCAGUGAAUUCGCGUCCCUCCCGCGCAGCAAUGUAAUUAAAUCUGUGGGUGUUGUGUGAAGAUUGUGGAAGAAAGAAGAUGAGCGACAGCUCAGCCAGUGAGUCACGGCGUCUGCUGGGCGGCGAUGAGCGACCCAGGGCGGCCAAGUCGUCAUCCAAGGAGGAGAAGCAGCGCCACAAUGAGGAAAUUGUGACCCUAGAGACCAGCUCAGUGUCGUCAGAGAGUGGCUCUUGGGAGAUCUUCCCCGCGCCCUCGAAGACCGCCAGCGCCAGUUCGCUCAUCAAGCAGCCACUGUCCCUCCAGGACACCUGUCGCCAGUUCCUGGACCAUCAGUCCGACGAGAAGGCAGAGGUGGAGACGGCCAGGAAUCCACCAGUGUCUGCGUGCUUCAUCGACGCCUCGACGCUCUUGGACGACACUGAGCUGGCGUAUGCCUCACAGGCCAGGACCAGAGACUACGACAUCAAGGAUCAAUUCUCCGGGGCUGAGGCGAAAUUCCCAUCGGGACUGGAGCUGUUCAGCACAGAUAAUCCGCCGAGGGAGCAGAAGAAUGUUGUGAAGGAGUGCGAGAAGAAGCAGGGCAGCGUGGUGUUUAAGGGCGCCAUCCGGCAGUAUUCUGGUCACUUUGUCGAUCCCGCUCUCGUGGACGAAGCUCUCAGCGAAUCCUCAGCCUCAGCCUCUAACCAGAUGCCAACUGACAGGGAGGAUUCCGAUGAGACGCCCUCCUCAAGGAAAGGCUCCACAUCGCCUCCCAUCAUGUCUGGCGGCGUGUCAGUGGAGGACUUCUCGCCCAAGGUCUUCAGCAGUCCGCACUUGAGGAGGCGGACAGAGAUGUGUCCCAUUCUGUCUGGCGGCGUGAGCCAGGAGGACUUUGCCUCGUCCUCCAAGCCUGAUCUCCUGAAGCACGCCACCGUGAAGCAGGCUUCAUGGGUGAUUGACAUGUCUCUGUCGCCGAAAUCCCACGAGCCAGACAUCAUCACGUCAGAAUCCCUGGACACAGACUCCCUGAAGUGCAAGAGCGCGCCCAUCGUGGUCACCUGCGAGACACCCAUGAAGAAAUCCACAGGGUUUUACAUUCCGCUGAACAGCGAAGAGGUGAAAGAGCCCACCUCUCUACCUGACCUGGGCACUUCCAAGAGCGGCAGCAGCAAGAAUAUCUUCUCAAUGUUCAUUGACAUCGGCGAGAAGAAGCCAGUCGCAAAGAAGGCACCAGUAAAGUCACGCCUCGCCAAGACAUUGGCGCAGUCGAAGGAGGAGGAAAAAGGUCCGUCAACAUCUGUGGAGUCUGGCAAGUGCAUCAUGAACAUCUUCGAGAGCAUUCCCAUCCUCUCGAGCUCCUCGUGCACAUCCAAUGACUUCACGGCGUCCAACAAGGAGUCAUCGAACUCUGACAGAGACAAAUCGCUGACUUCUGAGGAAAAUGCUCCAGUUGAGAAGAUGAAGAACGAUGAGACGUACGUGAUGCCACUGCAGGAAGGUGGGAAGCUCUCAAACACCCUCUCCCUCACCUCCAUCGCCACGGACGUGGAGGACAACACUCUGCAGAAUGGUGAGACUUCGGGAUGCUCAACGGAUGACCAAGAAACGCCGGGAAGAAGUGGGAAGAGUGUCAAGAUAUCAGAUAAGGGAGACAGAGCCCACACUAUGGAGUCCCUGAGGGCGACCAUUGAGAAGCAGAGACAACUCCUGGACACCGUGGUGGAGGGAGGAGAUCCGGGAUUUGUCAGAUUGUCAGAUCUCGACAAGCCCAAGUCAUUUCAUCUGAAACAGUCGCAACACAAGCGCGUCAAAUCGUAUGAGAAGAGCCUCUGGAACAUGUCCAAAUCCACGGAAUUCGGCAACAGAGUGAACUUGGCGUCCUCCUUUGAGAACUCACGCAGUCUCAGCCGACUUUUUCCGCACCUCAACUCAGUUUUCAGCCACAGCCUGCCGAACAAUGUAGGCGAGGAGACGAUAUCGGAGAUUCAGGACAUGUUCAUCUCAGACAUGUCGGGAGAAUCCAGCGCCACCAGCACCACUUACAGCCGAUCCGGAUUGGAAUCCGUCGAUGAGUCGACAAUAUCAAGUCGGCAGCCGCGGCGCCUCGGGGAGGAUCUGCUGAAGCUCUUCCUGCAGGAAUUGGGCACAGAUGUGUCCAUUGACAUUGAUGGGCGCAAGAUUGGAGCCCACAAGUGCAUCCUUCGCUCGCGAUGUCAGUACUUUGCGGCCAUUCUGGCGGGCGAUUGGAUCACCACUGCCGGCAACACCAUCCCACUCCCGGGCUACUCCUACGAGGCUGUGCACUUCGCCCUGUGCCACAUCUACUCGGGCGCCACGCAUCCGCCGGAGGGCAUCAGCCUGAUGGAAUUGGCGGCGCUGGCGGACCUCCUGGGACUCGAGGGCCUCCGGGAGAUCACAGCGUACGCGCUGAAGACCAACUACUGCCACAACUUCCACAAGCCGUGCUCCAGCUGCAUCGACGGGGUGCUGAAAGUGCUCCCGGUGGCGCUCACGCAUGGACUGGACGACUUGUACAGGAAGUGCCUGAAGUGGUGCUGCAAGUAUUACAUGAAGAUCUGGAGCACCAGAGCCUUCAACAAUCUCUCGUCCGAUCUCAGGCUCAGACUUCAGCAGCAGAUUGUCAACCACAUUACCAGCGAAAAUGUGCUGAAUCUCUACUUGGAAAGUGAGGAUCUGCUGUCUGUUCUUGCACCUUGUCGCUGGGCUCUUCACGUGGAUCACACCAUUAGAAACAUCAUGGACGCUGCUGCUGUUUAUGUGUCUGACCACUUCUCAUCACUCCUGGCCAGUGAUUCCUUCUUGUCUCUCGGCCACGAUCGCAGUGGUGACAUUGCACGCUUGGAGACUUUCCUCCUCCGCACAGCGACCACACUCAGUCCAGAGCAGGCUUGCAGGACUUACCAGAGAGCCAACAGACUCAACAUUGUCCUGACGGAGAAGAGGAACAUCCACGAGGACAGGGACUCUGUGGACUGGAGCACUGACUUCAUCCAUCUUGUGGCUGCAAUUGUGUCGGCAGUGGAACAGUGCCUGGUGAGACAGUGCUCAAAGGCGAUGCGGACCAAUGCGUGGCAGAGGAUGGAUGGUGAGCUGAAGAAGAAGAUCCAGAAGCUCUCCCGAAUCCCAGACAAUCACCCAGAGAGGAGAUCUCGUCCCAUCAACAGAGAUCUACACAAUCAAUCGCCCAGUUAUCACAACAGGAACCAAAGUCUCCACCAGAUCAGACUGGCGAUCCACGCCCACUCUGCUGGGCGUCACAUUAUUCCACCGAUUGUCGCCAGUUCGGGCAGUCUGAGGCCCAGCACGUACACUCAGACAUCCCAUGCGGUUGACAACCACACUUUGCAUGCCUAUCAGAAGGUGGACAAGAGCGUUCAGGCCAACAGAGACUUGUCCAAACCAAAGGUGAAGGAGGAAGAGGCUAAGACCCGGAAGGAUCCGGUCAAGACCAAAUCUACAGCUCCUAGGACCACCAAAGCGGCUUCUAGCAAUCCCAACAAUGUCUUCAAUCGCUUGAGCAACACCAAUGCCUUCCCCAAGCGACUGAAGCCAAUGAAAGUGGAGAGUCUGGAGUCAGGGAAGUUGCAAAAGAAAGACUCCGGAACCAAUUUGUCCAUUGACUCACUGGCAGAGUCCGUGAAGAGCAGUCACAAGUCUCAAGAGUCACUGAAGCGCAGCAACACAAAGUCUGUGCAGAGUUCCUACAGUGACUUCCCAUCGAUCGCCUCGACGGUGGCUAACAAUGCUAAGAACAGACCCAAGAGUGGCAGCAAGAUUCCCUUGUCAACCAUGCCAACCACAAAUCCACCGUCGGUGCGGAAGAGCUUCCUGUCGGAGAGAUCCAGGCAGAUUCUGAACAGAAAGAAGGCGCAGCAGGAGAAGCUGCAGGUGCAGGGAGAGGAGAGCAAGGACUCCAAGAGCUCAACACCAUCCAGGCGAACGCCUCGGACAGCAACCAAAGACGGAAUUAAGAGAGGCACUGAGAAGAAGACAACCAAGAAGCCGGCGAAGGAGAAGAGCGACGAGGUGAUUCUGAAGGAGAGCACCAGCAAGCUGGAGAGAUCCAGCACAUUUUGCAAGGAGAAAUCUGACAUCCCAGGCUUUGACCUGAACAUCGUGGAAGAUUAAUCGAACCAAAGGCAUCCUUAACUCCCUGUAAUGUAGUUUGCUUGAAGCCAAAUUGCAUUAGGAUCUUAUCAAGUUAGGCUAUGUGUGUGGUAGAUCUGUACCCAUUUUAGAUGAUAGUGUACUCUAGGUUCCGUUCAGUCCCUUCCUAGGUUCUCAAAGUUGCUCCUCUUCGAAUAUUUUGCCAUUCCACCUUGUGAUGUAUCUCUUGGAUGUAUUUUAAUUUAACCACAGGGCGAAGUCUAGGCCAGACAGAGUCACUCUAGGCUCUGCUGUGCAAUCUUACGUUACUCAAUUGUAGACAUCUAGCUUUAAGUGGACGGAACAACUCAGUGAAUAUCAAUCACAAACACCGAAAGCUAGUCAUGAAACGUACAAAAUGGUAUUAUUAUUAGUUCUUUUUAUUAAUUGUAUUAAAAUAUCGCUAAUGCAAAAGUUAUUCCAUUACGCAAUUUCUGUGUCUUUUCUUUGUGAUUCUUCGACACACAAAAAAAUAAAU